CGUACAUGUCACGGGCAGUUUUCACCGACACUUUAUCUUCCUCGUUUUUAUUCAUACAUUCCACCGCAAUAUCUCAGCAUUUUCUCUAACUCAUGGAGCUUAUGAUGAAAGCUGUUAUGCUGUUUUUGCUGUUGAACCAAGUUGUACAAGCCCGUAUUAGCCAACACCCGUGUGAUUUUCCGGCUAUUUUUAACUUUGGAGACUCAAAUUCUGAUACCGGCGGCUUGUCUGCCGCGUUUGGACAGGCCGGACCACCCCAUGGAGAGUCCUUUUUUCAUGGUCCGGCCGGCAGGUUCUGCGAUGGACGUCUAGUCAUCGACUUCAUAGCACAAAGUUUUGGGCUACCGUACCUGAGUGCCUACCUGGAUGCACUUGGUUCCAACUUCACUCAUGGUGCCAAUUUCGCGACCGCUGGUUCGACCAUUAGACCGCAAAAUACGACCCUGGCUCAAAGUGGGUUCAGUCCAUUUUCUUUGAAUGUUCAAUGGUACCAGUUCAAUGAUUUUCAUCGUAGGGUCCGAACUUUUCUCACCCAAAAAGAUGAUCCGGUGUUUAAAAAAUUAAUGCCUAAAGUUGAAGAUUUUUCGCGUGCUCUUUACACAUUUGAUAUUGGGCAAAACGAUUUAACGGCGGGGUUGUUCCAGAAUUUGACCGUCGAAGAAGUUAGGGCGAGUGUCCCCGACAUCGUAGGUCAGUUCAAAACAGUCGUUAAGGACAUAUAUAAUCAAGGGGGAAGAUCAUUUUGGAUACACAAUACGGGUCCGUUUGGAUGUUUACCAUACGUGAUGGACCGUCAACUAGUCACAGCCGGACAAGUGGACAAAUUUGGAUGUGUGGGCCCAUUUAACGAUCUUGCGCAGUUUUUUAACCAUCGGUUAAAACAAACCAUUGAUCAAUUACGGGAGGAUCUACCCAAGGCAUCAUUGACAUAUGUUGACGUCUAUACAGUCAAACAUGCACUCAUUACUCAAGCAACUCGACACGGGUUUGAGCAUCCAUUGAGGGCUUGUUGUGGUCAUGGAGGAAAGUACAACUUCAAUAUGCAUAUUGGUUGUGGUGGAAAAGUCAAAGUCAAAGGGAAAGAUGUUCUAGUGGGGAAAGCAUGUGAUGAUCCAACGGUAAUGAUUAAUUGGGAUGGGGUGCACUAUACUCAAGCAGCCAAUAAAUGGAUAUUUGAUCACAUUGUAAACGGGUCAUUCUCGGAUCCGCCAAUACCAAUAGGUUUGGCUUGUCAUAGACAAUACUAAGAUAGGUGUUUUGGUUUUUUUUUUUUUUUUUUGUUUGGGAUUGUUACAUAGACAAGUUUGAUAUUGGUGGUUUAUUGUUGAUUUUUGGACAAGGUAACCUUGCGAUGAUCAAUCUUCAAUUUUACCUC